CCUCUCCUUUAAGGUUGUUUCAGAGAAAGUUUGUAGCCUGAAUCCAUGGAUAAGAUCAAUUACUCAGCCGUGUCUGAGUUUGUGCUGCUUGGCCUCUCUGGUUCUCAGGAACUUCAGUAUUUCUUCUUUGUUUUAUUCUCUGCACUGUAUAUUGUCAUUGUAUUGGGAAACCUUCUCAUCAUCAUAGCUGUGACUUCUGACAGCAGCCUGCACUCCCCCAUGUAUUUCCUCCUGGGAAACCUUUCUUUUUUUGACAUUUGUCAGGCUUCUUUUGCCACACCUAAAAUGAUUGCCGACUUUCUGAGUGAACACAAGACUAUAUCCUUCAGUGGCUGCAUAGCCCAGAUUUCUUUCAUUCAUCUUUUUACAGGAGGGGAGAUGGUACUACUAGUCUCCAUGGCCUAUGAUAGGUAUGUGGCCAUAUGUAAGCCUCUACACUAUAUGAUCGUCAUGAACCGAAGUACAUGCACUGCCUUGGUGAUAAUCUCCUGGGCUGUGGGCUUGGUGCAUACAUUGAGUCAGUUGUCAUUUACUGUUACCCUGGCAUUUUGUGGACCCAACGAAGUAGACAGCUUCUUUUGUGACCUUCCUCGAGUGGUCAAACUUGCCUGCAUUGACUCAUACAACACAGAAAUACUAAUUGUGGUAAACAGUGGAAUUCUUUCCUUAAGCACUUUCUCUCUCCUGGUGAGCUCCUAUGCCAUAAUUCUUGUCACAGUUCGGUUCAAGUCUUCUGCUGCCAUGGCCAAGGCAUUUUCUACACUGGCUGCUCACAUCAUGGUAGUAGUAUUAUUCUUUGGACCUUGCAUCUUCAUCUACGUGUGGCCCUUUACCACCUAUCCUGUGGAUAAAAUUCUUGCUAAUUAUACAGUUUUCACUCCUAUCCUAAAUCCCAUUAUUUACACACUAAGAAACAGAGAUAUGAAAGCUGCCAUGGGAAAAAUUGCAGCCCGUUACUUCAGACCACGUAAAAUUUCUGAAAUGCCAUUAGUAACAAGGAUUUCCCUUCACUGAGGGAAAACUCAAAUUCUUCAGUUCAAUUGUCUAACUACAAGUAUUUUUAUACCUAAACAGUGAAGCAAAUAGGAAUGAUAAUAUAUAAAAGAUUAAUGGAUAUUAACAAGUCUUUUCCUAGUUAUUAUCUAAACAAAAAUUAAGUAUCCCCUCUAAAAGAAAAAGGCACUGUAUACUUGAUUAUUAAGUGGUAUAUAUACCCUGAUUUAGUAAUAGGUAAGUAAGAAUAUAGUUCAAAUAAUGGGCUGGGACCCAAUUUUUUUGUCAGGGAUAGAUUUAAAAAUUUGAUCAUAUUAGUUUUCUUAGAGAGAUGUCUACAAAGUCUUUGUACAUACAAAAUAUUUAAGAUCCCAAGACUAAAUUUUUAAGUUCAGUAGCUAGCCAGUUUACUGAUUUAUGAUAAGUACAUGUGUUUAAAUUCUUAGGUUAGGAGAAUUCUUAGGUAAGAGAAUGCUCCCAGUGUAUCAGUUAAACCUGAACCAAAUCAUUUUCCUAUAAUCAGAGCUUAAUGUAUGGAAUGUUAUAUAGUCAAAAGCUUAUAUUCAAAAAUUUUCAUGUAAUGGGUUUUCUCUAAUCAGUAAAAGUGAUUCUUUUUGCAUUUUAAAUUAGAAGUGGUAGAAUAUCUUUACAAUCAAGUGAUAAUUCCUUAGUGGAAAUUUUUUAAAAAGUCAAAAGGCUAAUAUUAAACAUGUACCCAUUUGGUGAUUCAGACCAGAUAGGAACAUUUUUCCAGGGCUUCAGAAAUAAUCAUAGGGUUUAUUAAUGUUGAUUGGAAUUGUUUUUAUAUUUUGUUUCCCAAAUCUUUGAAUUAAUAAAUGAUAUAUAGACUACCAUAAGCAUUAGAUUUACUUUGUGCAUGGAGUAUAACUAACAAUCUCUACACAGAGAGAGGGGAAACAAUAGCUUUAUAAAUUCAGGAUGGUAGAAGACUAAGGCUGGAAGUCAUUCAACAGAUGCUAGCCUGAGUAUUUAACAGGGCUCCUGGUUCCUCCCUUUCUCAUGUUGGUUCUGUCUGGAUACCUAUCCCUUGCCUCUGCCAUUUCAAUACACAGUGUCUCUGGACACUCAAAACCAACACUUCAACAGCUUUAUUUCCUUUGCUUCUUCCUGGAUUCCACAGUCUCUCCAACUUGAAUGAAGUUAUCUUAAACUCAAAAUUAAGAUUUACUCAGGAAUGAAUAAUUAUAGCAUUUGUCUUUGUGGGCUUGAGCUACCUAACUCAAGAUAAUGCUUUCUGUUCCAUCAAUUUUUCCUAAAAUAUAAUAUUUCUCAGUACUAAAUAAAUUUACAGUGUGUACAUGGAUUAUAA